UGUAACAUAUGCUAAGAAAAAAUUGGUCCGCAAGUACAAAACUGCAAGUGGGUUUUAAUGUUAGUUUUAACCGUCUGCAAAUAAAUAAAUAGAAGAGAUGGCCGAGGAGUUUAAGGUUCAUGCCAACUACUCCCCCUUCCCAAAACGGUUAAACCUACCCUCCUUCCUUUCUUCAUAAACCCCUCAACCGUUUCAAUACCUUCCAUCAAAUUCUAACUCAGAUCUUCAUCGGACUUUAAUUUCAUAUGGAGGCAAUAGAGGGUGGUGGCGGUGGUGUCGCCGGCGGCAAGAUCAAGGGUUCCUGGAGUCCGCAAGAGGAUGCCACCCUCGUGAAACUGGUGGAACAACAUGGACCUCGUAAUUGGUCCCUCAUCAGCUCCAGAAUCCCCGGCCGUUCCGGAAAGUCGUGCCGUCUACGGUGGUGCAACCAGCUCAGCCCGGACGUCGAACACCGUCCAUUUACUCGUGAAGAAGAUGACGUAAUUCUCCGAGCACAUGCGAUCCAUGGUAAUAAGUGGUCAACCAUCUCCAGGCUCCUCCCAGGCCGUACCGAUAAUGCAAUUAAGAACCACUGGAACUCCACUCUCCGUCGACGGGGAUUGCCGCCGGGAGAGGUUUCGCUUGGGUCAAACUCGAAUUCCGGUGUUAUAAAACGACCAUUGGCGGACCCUUUGAGCGAUUCAACCCAGUCGGACCCGCCGUUGAAGAGACAAUGUUCCCGUACUUCUACGGACCAAAGCAGUUGCGACGGACCCGCCACGGUGCUAACGCUUUUGCCACCCGGAGAGAUGAAAGCGGUGGAACACGUAACAGAAAAGAACGAAGAGGUAGAUGACGACGUGGAUGACAAAUCGACGGCUGAGAUAGAGGACACGUGUCUGGUGACGAUAAUGAAGCGCAUGAUAGCAGAAGAGGUUCGUAUAUACAUCAACGAAAUACGGGACAACAAAGGGCCUCGAAUUGGGCAGAUUUUCCAGUGAGCGGCCCAACUUCGCAAGAGAACUUCGAAAAUAAGUAAGAUUUUAAAAUAUUUUUCACUUGCAUCAAUUGAAAAGAGCUGAAGAAAUAUCAACCUUAUUAAAAAGAAUACACUUUCAUUACUUUAAUCAUUAAAAAUUAAGCUAAAUAAAUUAUUAAACUAAAUGUUGUAAGGCUUUACCCUCAGAGAGGGAGCCCUUCCAGAAAUUCUCGAUGGCCAAGGGGAGUACCCAAGGCCAAGGAGGGGGUUUGGAAAU